AUGAGUGCUUCUGUGGUUCAGAGCAGUAGUUCAUGCCAGGCCCUCAGCCUGGUUUGCAGCCAGACUACCCACGAACCCUACGUCCUGCUGGCUUUUGAGACUCAAUGCCCUACUCAACUCCCUGUCUCCAGGGAAUGGUCUCAUAGACAGAAGGAUCUGCCUGAUGAUGUCUGGAGUUUGCCUUGGGGCAGCCACGAUGGGACUUUUAUCUGGCAGUGUCAGGCUCUCGGGCCCCAGCUUGGACUUCUUCCAACGUGGCUUUUGCUUUGUGGGCUGGGCUAUUCCGACUGCAGGGAAGUUGAGUCCGAGUCCACUUUCACUUCACAAACGACCAAGGGGGACAUUUCUAAAACGCUUGAUGCGGAGGGAGAAGCCAGCGUUUACUGUCCACCGUACACACCUUUUAGAUUGGGUCACGUGCUCGUUUCGGAACCAAUGAGUGUGGCCAGGGAAUACGAGGUUUUGAUUGGCCGCAUCUGGGCCGCUUGCCAGAGCCCCGCAGUUGGGGGCGAAGCGUCGGGUCAGCUGCGGGAACUGAAGAAGCUACAGCUUCAGGCUGCUUUUGAACAUCUCAAUGGCCACCAGGACGGAAAUAGCACUAAAUGGAGAAUGGAUCCAAAAGAAGAAUCUACAAUUUCAGAUAUUUCCUCUGAAGUAGGUACCAUCAUUAUCUCUAGUUUACAGAAGAGGAAAUUGAGGCAUAGAGGGGUGACAUCAUUUGCCCAGCAAGGUUACACCACCAGUAAGUGGCUCAGAGCCCGGGAUCUUGGACGCUACAUGGUCAAAGACGGGGUUCUUGCGCUGCGCUCGCGAUCUGAAAACACCUCCACCGCAAGUGUCCCAGGGGAGUCGGGAGGCCCGGGUCCAGACUCUCACUGCCGAGGGACCUCCCCACGGCGAGGAGACUGGCUUUGGGGUUCCCGUCGGGAAUGGUGGUUUCGGGGCAGGUGGGACCUGGGGCGCGCUCUGCGGGAGCUGAGGUCGGGAGGCCCAGCCCCAGGGCCGGGUUACACCAAAGGAGCGCCUGUGUCUGGCCUCCGGUCUCCAAUCCGCCAAACCGUCUCCUCUUUCAGUUCCCCAGACGACUGCUGCCCCGCCCCGUGGCGCCCUGGGGUCUCUCUCUGUGCCUGGCAGGUACCGCCCCAGAAACAACCGUUAGUCGAGUUUGUUGCCAUUUAUGGAAACCUCAUCCCUGAGUUUCCAAGGUCCGCUUGUCCCUCCAUCCUGCCGUGGAAGAAGUCCAGCUGUGUGUUCAGCAGAACUAGGAUUAAAGCCGUUGCCCAGAGUUUCUGCUCCGUGUUUGCGCAGUCCAGCCCAGCGUCAGGCGAGCUUAGUUUGUGCUCCCAGCUGCAGUCCAUGGUGUGCGGGGUCCACAUGGCCAUGGGCCAUUCCGCUUCGAGGGCCACAUGGCUGUGGAGGGAACACGGAUUCCUUACUCAGUCUACUGGUUCAAACGCUAACCUCCUCCAGAGACACCCUCACAGAUACAUCCAGAAAGAGUGUGUUACCAGCUCUCAAAUCCAUAAGCCAGAUAUAAUAACUUGCUUUUCUUCUCUUUUCAGAUACCAGAUAUUUCUCUAUUUCACAUGUGCCUUCCAGAACAUCUCUUGUGGUAUCCACUACUUGGCUUCUGUGUUUAUGACAGUGCUCCCCAGCCAUACCUGCAGCCCCCCUGGCAACGUGAGUCGGGUUCUUUUCCAAAAUGUCUCUCAUUGGAGGUUGGAUGACAUCUGGAACCGGUUUGCACCGGGUGAUGAAGAUCAUAUUGUAGUGCAGCUACAGGACGGUGAGAUCUGGGAGCUCGAAAGCUGUGUCAGAUUCCGGAGAGAUAACAAGUCGAGUUUGAACUAUGAUUAUUAUGGCCAUAAAAGUGGCUUUAGUUGCUUAGAUGGCUACCUCUAUCAUAGUAGCAAAUGGGACAGCACCGUGGUGACUCAGUGGGAUCUGGUCUGUAACCGAAAAUGGUUUGCAAGGAUGAUCCAGCCCACAUUUAUGCUUGGAGUCCUGCUGGGAGCGCUGAUUUUUGGCUACUUUUCUGACAGGGUAGGAAGACGACUUGUCUUGUGGUCCACAAGCAUCAGCAUGUACUUGUUUGGCAUAGCAGCGGCGUUCACAUUGGAUUUUUACAGCUUCAUACUUGCACGCUUUCUUCUUGCUGUUGUUGCGAGCGGCUACCUGGUGGUGGCGUUUGUCUACGUGACAGAGCUUGUGGGCAUGCGGGCUCGGACGUGGGCCUCCAUCCACAUGCAUUCCUUUUUUGCGAUCGGAACCAUGGUGGUGGCGUUGACGGGCUACAUGGUCAGGACCUGGAGGCUCUAUCAGCUCAUCCUCUCCUCAGUGACCAUCCCCUUUGUCUUCUGCUGUUGGAUGCUCCCGGAGACACCUUUCUGGCUUAUUUCAGAGGGAAGAUAUGAAGAAGCACAAACAGUGGUUGAUCAGAUGGCCAAGUGGAAUCGGGCGAGCACCUGUCGACUGUCAGAACUUUUAUCACUGGAUCGAUACGGUCCUGCUGGUAGUAAGGCUCCUGUAGCUACCGAGCAAAACCUACUAGAUCUGUUUUAUGACUGGAAUAUUGGAACAAGAACACUUAUUGUUUGGCUGAUUUGGUUCACGGGGUGUUUGGGAUUCUAUGUCUUCUCCUUGAAUUCUGUUAAUUUAGGAGGCAAUGAAUAUCUAAACCUCUUUCUUAUGGGUGCAGUGGAAAUUCCUGCCUACAUUUUUGUGUGCGUGGCGAUGGACGUUUUGGGGAGAAAGAGUGUUCUGAUCAUCUCUCUCAUCUCAAGUGCAGUUUUCUGUGGUGUGAUUAUGGUGAUCCCCAAGAAUUACCAUAUUUGGAGUGUGGGGACAGCUAUGGGUGGAAAAUUUGCCAUAGGAUCAGCAUUUGGCCUCAUUUACCUUUACACAGCAGAGCUGUAUCCAACCAUGGUAAGGACGCAGGCCCUGGGGAGUGGCAGCAUGGUGUCCCGUGCGGGAAGCAUCAUAGCCCCGUUCAGCAUUUACCUCUCCAGCAUUUGGAUCUUCAUGCCCCAGUUGCUUGUCGGGAUUUUGGCCUUUGUGAGUGGAAUACUAACAUUCAAACUUCCAGAAACCCUCGGGAUGCCUCUGGCAAUUACUUGGGAGGAUGCUACCACAACCAAUAACGCUGAUGCUGGAAAAAACAGAAGUGAUUAAUUCAGGGGAUUCUGGUUUAGUGAAUAAAUGUGCUAUGUGUGCUGUCUCGCACCUGAAAAAUUG